AUGGAAGCACUCACUGUACAGUUAUUUCAUCCUCGUUCGGACUCGACUCAUCAGCAGUGCACAUCGACCGAGCAACCACGGGGACUCCAACAACCGCUGAACCAUUGUGAAUCGAUCAACUCGACAACACAAGGCUAUCCGGGAUCGCUAUCAACGCUUUGUUCAACAUCUACACUACAUCAUAUCGGGAUCCCUUCCAAACUGGCAUCAAAUUUGAAUGGUAACAAUCAGCUUCGCGCACACCGAUCGACUCCUAUGAUGAAUGACUUCUCUGUAGGAACCUAA